UCUCUGGGCGUAUUCGAUGUCCCAUUCUCCAAGGUGUCUUCUGAUCAUCUUCGUUAGCUGUGUCGUGACUGACGACUCCACUGGAGUCAACCUCUGCCCGUUAGUUGGGUUAUGUUAUACGCCUCUGCAAUGUCCGAUGUUGACUGGGCAUAAUCCUCGACUUCGCAAGGACGUACUCUUUCUCGUUCUGCUCGGUAGUAGAACAAGGCCGUAUUUCCACCAGAUGACAGCUCUGCGACCUUCUUGGGGCGCGUAACGAACUCACAUGCCGCAAGAUGGUCUCGUCGACAAUCGAAAACUCAAGAAGGUCUCAUUAACAAUCAAAAUAUCAAUGUUUCGUGCCACCGUAUAAUCCAGACGGGACAAAAACAAUGCAGACAAGACGGCGAUCAGGGUGGAGGAAAGAGUGGAAUACUAG